CGGUUGGAGCAUGAUGGCCGCCUGCGAGGCGGUGGCAGCAGCGACGACAGUGGCGACAGCGACAGAAAGGGCCGAAGAGGCGGCGAAAGCAGCCACCACGGGGACGGCCGCGUCGGCGGCGGUCUCAGCCAAGGCCGCGGUGCCGUCCGCUGGGGGGAAGAAGACGACGGCGGCGGCGGCCUCGGCUGCCGCGAGGGAGCCGGCGGCCGCCACAACGGCCGCGGCGGGAGGAGCGGGGGCCGCCCGAUCGGCGGCGGCCACCAAACUGCUGUCCCUGAGCGGAGUGUUCGCCGUGUACAAGCCCAAGGGCCCCACUUCGGCCGAGCUCCUGAACCAGCUGAAGGAGAAGCUCCUGGCAGAAGCUGGUAUGCCUCCUCAAGAUGGGAACAAGAGGAAGAAACAGGCAUUAAAAAUUGGUCAUGGAGGAACUUUGGACAGUGCUGCCACAGGAGUUCUGGUGGUUGGAAUUGGAAAAGGAACAAAAAUGUUGACCAGUAUGUUAUCAGGUUCUAAGAAAUAUAUUGCUACUGGAGAAUUGGGGAAAGCUACUGAUACACUGGAUUCAACAGGGAAAAUUACGGAAGAAAAACCUUAUGAUCAGAUAAAGCAAGAAGAUAUUGAAGGUAUUCUCCAGAAAUUUACAGGAAACAUAAUGCAAGUACCUCCUCUCUAUUCUGCUUUAAAGAAAGAUGGACAGAGACUUUCUACUUUGAUGAAGAAAGGUGAAGUAGUAGAGGCGAAACCUGCCAGACCAGUCACAGUGUACAGCCUCUCCCUUCAGAAAUUCCAGCCACCUUUAUUCACAUUAGAUGUUGAAUGUGGAGGAGGUUUUUAUAUCAGAAGCUUGGUCAGUGACAUUGGCAAAGAACUUUCUUCCUGUGCCACUGUGCAAGAAUUGACCCGAACUAAACAGGGACCAUUUACACUAGAGGAACAUGCUCUUCGUGAAGACAAAUGGACAAUUGAUGGAAUAGCACAAUCCCUAGAGCACUGCAUGCCUCUUCUCUCAGUAGAACCUUCUGUUAAAAAAUUAAAAACUGAAGAUUCUAAAGUACAAGCUGUAAGCUCUGAAGACAAAACACUAAGUCAGGUUAAAGAAAACGAUGGAGUUAUUGGAACAUCUUAAGAUUGGACUGGGAUUGUUAUGUUUUCCUGGUUGAAUUUAUAAUCUUUAUGUGCAAAACAACAACCUGCAUUGUUAAAAAAAAAAAAUUCUCUCCCCUCUCUCUCUCUCUCUCUCUCUCUCUCUCUCUCUCUCUCUGCAUGGAGAAAAAGUCCGUGAUUUCUUAUUUCUACAACAUUCUGUUCAUCUGAUACAUUGCAUUAUAAAUGGGUUUAUCAGUAAUCUAACUUCUUUGCUAUAUCCUUAAGUGAUCUUUUAGAAUGUUUUUGUGUUAUAUUGACAAUAAAAAUUUUAAAUCAAAAUUUCAGAAAACUUAAUUUUCUGAAUUUAGGCACUCAUCAGUAACCUACACCAAUAAAUAAGUUAAAUGCAUUUUCUAAUCUAAUGAAAACAGAAUUGGUGUAUUGUACUUUGUUUUCAUAAAUUCAAAAUUAUUUAUUGGACUAUUCAGAGAAAUUUGUUGAUAAUCCACUGAAGACAAUAUCAUGCUGAAUCAUUUUUUAAACAGAGCUUAAAAUGGGCCUGUAUGUAAAUUCAUUUGCUUCAUGAACAUAAUUUUGGGGAAUUAAUCAUUAUAAAGAAACAUUACCUGGAUAAGACUAUAUCUACCUAUAGCAAUAUAUUUGUUAGUUUAAGGCUAGGUACCAACCAGAUGCAAUAAAUAUAUAUAAAUGGACUCUAAUUAUAAUUACCUACUGCCCUCAUUAAUAGGAUUAAAAUAGAUAAUGUACUCUUUAUAUUUAUCGACGCAGAUGAUUAUUCCAUGAAAAUAAAAGAUAAAGCAAUUAGGGCUUAUUAAAUCAGUAGGUAGCAAAGGGACUCUUGUGUUAGUGGUUGGAUCAAUGAUACAGUAGACUUGACCUGCUCCAAGUCAUUAUCUAAUGCAACAUGUCCUUUAUAUUUUCCUUUUACAUUGGGGAUUUUGGAGCAGGGAACAGGAAAGAUCUCUUCAUUUAUUUAUUUAUUUAUUUUACUAAAGUAAAAGUAAGAUAUUUAUCUUUUCUUAAA